AUUUCCCGGCGUGCUGGGCGCGGCGGGGCCGGUCCGGGCCGCACGGAGCGGAGCGGGCGGCCCCGGCACUGCUGUUGCUGCUGCAGUUGCCCUGGGCGGGGAGGGCUGAGCCGGGCAGGUGGGUUCGGCCGGCACAGCCCCAUGGAGAGGGGGAAGAUGGCGGAGCUGGAGAGCCUGGAGACGGCGGCGGAGCAUGAGCGGAUCCUGCGGGAGAUCGAGAGCACGGACACGGCCUGCAUCGGCCCCACGCUCAGGUCUGUCUAUGAUGGGGAAGAACAUGGACGUUUCAUGGAGAAACUGGAAGCAAGAAUCAGGAACCAUGAUCGUGAGAUUGAGAAGAUGUGCAACUUCCACUACCAGGGCUUUGUGGACUCCAUCACAGAGCUGCUGAAAGUUAGAGGAGAAGCUCAAAAACUGAAGAAUCAAGUGACGGACACGAACCGGAAGCUGCAGAAUGAAGGGAAAGAACUGAUAAUAGCAAUGGAAGAGCUGAAGCAGUGCCGGCUGCAGCAGAGAAACAUUUCAGCGACAGUCGAUAAGCUAACCCUGUGUCUUCCUGUCUUGGAGAUGUACAGCAAAUUGCGGGAGCAAAUGAAAUCGAAAAGACACUACCCUGCACUGAAGACUCUGGAGCACCUCGAGCACACCUACCUGCCCCAAGUGAGCCACUACCGCUUCUGCAAGGUCAUGGUGGAUAAUAUCCCAAAGCUGCGGGAAGAGAUCAAAGAAGUCUCCAUGUCAGACCUCAAGGAUUUCUUGGAGAGCAUCCGUAAGCACUCUGACAAGAUUGGAGAGACAGCAAUGAAACAGGCACAGCAGCAAAGAAACCUGGACAAUAUUGUAUCACAGCACCCCAGGAUAAGCGCGGGGAAGAAGUCCAAGAAAGAAGCCUGCGCAAGCUCCGAGCUGGAGGUAAAAAACACUAGCCCCAUGUCUGAGCAAGAUUCGGGUAUCCUGGAUGUUGAAGAUGAGGAUGAGGAUGAAGAGGUGCCUGGAGCCCAGGACCUGGUGGACUUUUCUCCAGUGUACCGAUGCCUACACAUAUACUCUGUGCUGGGUGCCCGGGAAACCUUUGAGAGCUACUACAGGAAGCAGAGAAGAAAACAAGCCAGACUGGUCCUACAGCCCCCUUCAAACAUGCAUGAAACUUUAGAUGGCUACAGGAAGUAUUUUAAUCAAAUUGUAGGGUUUUUUGUAGUGGAAGAUCACAUCCUGCACACCACACAGGGCUUGGUGAAUCGAGCCUACAUCGACGAGCUGUGGGAGAUGGCCCUGUCCAAGACCAUCGCAGCUCUAAGGACGCAUUCGUCAUAUUGCUCGGACCCCAGCCUGGUGUUAGACCUGAAGAACCUCAUUGUGCUCUUUGCAGACACACUCCAGGGAUAUGGCUUCCCAGUGAACCAGCUCUUUGACAUGCUGUUGGAGAUUCAAGACCAGUACAGUGAAACCCUGCUGAAGAAGUGGUCAGGGGUUUUCAGAAAUAUACUUGAUUCAGAUAACUACAGCCCCAUCCCAGUGACAAAUGAAGAGGUUUAUAAGAAAAUAGUUGGACAGUUCCCAUUCCAGGAUGCAGAACUUGAAAAGCAACCAUUUCCCAAGAAGUUCCCCUUCUCUGAGUUUGUGCCUAAGGUUUACAAUCAGAUCAAGGAAUUCAUCUAUGCCUGUCUGAAGUUCUCAGAAGACCUUCACCUGAGCUCCACUGAAGUUGAUGAUAUGAUUAGGAAAUCCACCAAUCUGCUGCUGACCCGGACGCUGAGCAACUGCUUACAGAACGUCAUCAAGAGGAGGAACAUUGGCCUGACAGAGCUUGUACAGAUUAUUAUAAAUACAACCCACUUGGAGAAAUCCUGCAAGUUCCUAGAGGAAUUCAUCACCAACAUCACCAAUGUGCUCCCAGAAACUGUCCACACUACAAAACUCUACGGGACCACAACCUUCAAGGACGCUCGCCAUGCUGCUGAGGAAGAGAUCUACACUAACCUGAACCAGAAGAUAGACCAGUUCCUGCAGCUGGCAGACUACGACUGGAUGGCCUUGGAGCCGGGCAGCAAGGCCAGCGACUACCUUGUGGACCUCAUCGGCUUCCUGCGCAGCACCUUUGCUGUCUUCACCCACCUGCCGGGGAAGGUGGCACAGACUGCUUGCAUGUCAGCAUGCAAACACCUCUCCACAUCGCUGAUGCAGCUGCUGCUGGAAGCUGAAGUGCGGCAGCUGACGCUGGGAGCCUUGCAGCAGUUCAACCUGGACGUGGAGGAGUGCGAACAGUUUGCCAGAUCCGGCCCAGUGCCUGGGUUCCAAGGGGACACGCUGCAGUUGGCCUUCAUCGACUUGAGACAACUCUUAGAUCUCUUCAUCCAGUGGGACUGGUCCACAUAUUUGGCUGACUAUGGGCAACCCACGUGCAAGUAUCUCCGUGUGAACCCGACCACAGCCCUCAUCCUGCUGGAAAAGAUGAGGGACACCAGCAGGAAAAACAACGUUUUUGCCCAGUUUCGGAAAAACGAGAGGGACAAGCAGAAGCUGAUAGACACCGUGGCCAAGCAGCUCCGCAGCCUGAUCAACAGCCAUCACUCGUGAGGGGACCUGGGGGGACCUCCUGCCCACGCCGCUCCCCGCGCCGCAGCCUUCCUUAUGCCUGGACUUGGGGUUCUUGUUCAAAGAGAAUAUAUAAUGUAUUUUUUUAUUCGCCUGUAUAGUAAUCAUGAGACCUGCCCUGGUGACAAAGCCUUCCUUGGUAAACAGUCCUAGAGAGGACAGGGGACUGCUCAUGAAGGUGAUGUCAGGAGGCUCCUCUUGUAAGCUCCGAUUUUCAGGGGUUUCUAAAGCGAUGGCAAAUCCUGAAGCCUGAGAAAGAAGUUCACCCCCAGACUAUUUUCUCUAUGUUUUUGUUGUAUAGGCCAAAUGGGAAGAAUAGGUCUGGCUUCCCUUUGUCAGCUUCUUCAGUUGCAGAACAAAUGGGAACAAAAGGAAUACAGGGAAGAGUGGUGGCUUCAGGUUCUUCUCACAGGCUUCUCAAGGAGCACACACUGAGAGUCACCCGCCAGACUGCCUUGUCAGCUUGGGUUUGGAAUUUAGGUAGGGAAGGAAAAGAGGCAAACUGAUUCCCCAGCUUUCCUCCUCUUCUUGCUGAAAGGGACCUGCCAGUGUCCUUUGGAUCUUCACUGGAUGCGGAAGGGCUCUAAGAGCUGCCUCGUUAAUUGGAUUUGGAAAGGGAGAGCCAGAAGGGAAGCACCAAAAAUACAAAGGUGUUCUGUGGUGCUGCUCUGCUGGGCCGCUGCUGCUGACAUCAAUGUGGUCAGGUAGCAGAUGAGGAAGGAUGCUCAGCAGGGAUGGUGCAAAACUCUCCUAAUGUCCAGGGGAUUUUCCUCUCUUUGCAGCUCUUUCCCAUGCUGAUGUCCCAUCUCCUGUCUCCUCAUGAGGCAGUGCAAUGAGCUGAGCUGGAGUCCCUUUUGUUUGCAGCCCCCCAGCCCCACCAGUGGCCAGGAUGAGGAGAGGUCUUCCUGCAGGUCCCUUAAGUGAAAUCAGCAGGAGAUGCCAUGUGGAGCAACAUUGCUCAGCAACCCCCAGCUCAGAAGUGCCUAUGGACAGAACUGCCCUCUGCUCCGGAUGUGCCCAGACAUCCUCUGCUCAACUCAAGACAGCCUUUGAGGAGGACAGUAACGCUUCAACAGGGCUUUAAUCCCAGGGUUCAAGUUACAGAGGGAGGCAGCUUUCACCCUGCUCUUCUCGUUGCCCUUGUGAUUCUAAUUACUGCAGGUGAAAGCUGAUGUUAAAGGGAACUGAAACCUUCCUGGUGCAUGUUACAGCCCUGGCAGUGCUGCUUCUGCAGGACCACGAGCUGUGGCCAUCUUCUACCUGCAGUUGAAGGUGGUGAGUGCUCAGGUCUGCUUCUGGAAGCUUUGCUGACCUGUGGAGCAAGGUUCCUUCUCAUUCCCCACCCUCAGCGCAGAUUUGUGGAGUGAUGGAGGAGCAGGACUUGAGUGUCACCACAUGGCACUUGCAGAAGGGCAGCAGUGCUUCUUUUGGAGCAUUGAGACCUGUUUUGCUGUGUUUCUUGCCCGGGGAGGUGUCCUGACACUCAAGCUCAGGAUGCACAAAGGGAAUGGUGAUCUAUCUUUCCCCCUUGUCCUUCAGCAAUACUUUUUUGUUUUGGUUUUGAGAAGGGGACUUGUUCGUUAACCCUGAAGGCAAACAGGCACCUUGUCACCAGUGACAGUCUGGAGCUGUUCUCCUCUCCCAGCAGUCUCCAGCCACAAGGAUCAGUGGAUUAUUUACAUUAGCAAGAGGGAAGAAAGAAACCUGGCCUUAGGGCUUCUUGGGUUUUUGGGGGGGAUCAGAGGUUGCUUUUUUAAUUCCUCUUUAAGUACAUGUAAGAAGGAUGAAGGAAGAAAGGGACAGCUGAGUGAAAGUGGGUUUUAGUAUGGCCAGAAAGGGAUCAUCUUCACAGAUACAUCUACGUGUGAGCCAGUGAGUGAUUUCAGAGGGACAAGUGAGAAUGAGCUCACUCCAUUCCUCACUGGCAACCUCUUUCUUGCUUUCUAAAAUGCUAGACCUGAGCAUGGAUCAGCCCAAGGGCUUCACCAUAAUCCCUGUGAGCCCCAUUAAGUCCUGAGCUCAACCUUAGCAUCCCAAAUCCUGCACAACUGAGAAGAAAACACUACCCUUCCUGCCAGGGUCUGAUAGGAAACUCUUCCUCACCAAACUGCUGGAGAAGAGUCCUGGCAAUGAUGAAGGAGCCCUCUCACCUCUAGCCAAGAUGCAUCCCACAAGCUGCAGGAACAUUGGGUGCUUUCAUUCCUCCUCCUCAUCCCUCAAGGGUGCCUCCAUGGAAGAGACAUGGGGACGAAAGUGUGAAGAGGAUGGCAAAAGCAAAUGGUGCCAGGUGGUUCAAGCACCAGACCUGAGCUCCUGCCCAGAGGUUGGAGACUGAAAUAAAAACCUGCAGCUACUCGAUAAUGACAGUCAUGGGAAGCUUCAAUCCACAGCUGAGGGCCACUGAAGAGCAACAAGCACUUUAAAAUGCUUCUAAAGCUGCUAGAGAUGCUGCAGAGGGGUCACUGCCAUCAGCAAACAUCCCAGGAAGGCACUGGGCAGCUCCAGUUUUAAUCUGGAGGAGGAUGGACUGGGCAGCUCCAGUUUUAAUCCAGAGGAGGAUGCACUGUCGAACACCCUUCCGAAUCUCUCCGGGCAGCCUCUGGCAGCCAGGACAUUUUGUGUCUCCUCUGUGCUAGGUGUGGGAUGAAGGGAAAAGGAGGAGGCACCAUUGGGCAGCAUCACCUCCAGUACCUGACAAUGGUCAAGGAGCUUUGUGCUGCUGUCAGUGUGAGCAGAAAAGGCAUCCUAUUCCUGCCACCACCCCAAAGCUCCUUUUCUUUCCCCCAAGGGUUGCCUCCUCUAUCUCACCAUACGAGACAGAGCUGCAUAAAGCCCCUGAAGGAGCUGAGUCUUGGAGCAAGGCCUUGCUUCAGGCGCUCCAGCCAGCUCCCAGCAUUCCCCGUCCCACAUCUGGGCUCCCUUUCCCUUCCUCCACCAAACUGCAGCGAAAAGACCAGUGACUAGGGAUGGAAUUCCUCACUCCUUUGAGAACUUGCUUGGAGAAGCUGGGAUUGGGAUCCUGCAAACCAGCUUCUGGCGCUCAGGACUCGCUGCUGGGAAAGUCAAACUCGGCCAAGGGAGAGAUGCAGCAAGGUUCUGAUUUCAGGAGGUCAAGCUCCUAACCGCAAGUCACAGCCUGGGAUGAAAAAUGGCAUUUUGGUGCUCUGGUCCUAAUUAACUUUUUGUUCCAAGAGAUGCAGUCCCAUCCCUUCAAAAUAAAAUUAAUCUUUUAAACAGAUUGCUUAAGAAACCCUGGAAGACAUUUAAAAUCCCCUCUAAGUCUCUUACUAAUGAUCAGGAUCCUCUGAUAUGGAUGGGGUUGCUUAUGAGGGAAAGGUUGUUGCUGUAAAUUCAUGAAGGGGGAGUUGAAAAUGGGGGCAGACCCCACUGAUUUGCAACCCUUAAGCCAAAUAAUGCUGCUAUUAACACCUCCGUGGACAUGGAGUGAACCUUCCGUAGUGGGUUUUUGGAAGCAGUGGCUGUGGAAGAGGCUGAGCUAUCCCCACACCUUUCCCCCCCACCUAGCAAAACCAGUUAAACACCAAUAGGAAAAGCAAAACUACUAACAAAAAGUGACAAAUUUAGCUUCCUGAGAGACAUCUGCACCUCCUUUGUAACCUUCAGAGGUUGCCCAAACAACCCAGGGCUUGGGAAUAGUUUUCUGUAAGGUUCCUAAAGUGCUAACUUGUAGCACCUAUACAUGAAGGGAGUGGUCUCUGUUAGACAUUGGCCUGUGGGCAUCUCUGUGAGAACCAGGAGUUGUUUGGGGUUUUAUUCCUAGGGCUGGGGUUCAAGUCAGAUGCUCAGAGCAAUUUUGCACUUUGUUCUCCAUCCAACGGCAGCUCCAGGCUCUGAUGUUACAGAGAGAAAGGAGAAGCUGGCUGGUGCUUUGUUCAAGGGGCUGGUUUGGGUUUGUUUGCUUAAAAAUCGUUGCUUUUGCACUGGCCCAAAACUGGAUGCUUGGGCAGGAGCUGUGGGUGUUGGCCUGCUGGCCCCAAACUGGUCAUAAGAUGCUGUGCGGCAGGAGAGGCUGAGGUGGGGCCAGGGUCACUCCGGUGGCAUCAGCUACUCCUGGCAUCUCCUGUGCUGAGGCUGGGUUUAGGGUAAAAUCCUUUCCCUCCCCAGGUAGUGAAGAUGGGCAGUGGAAAGUGAGGGAGGUUUGUGGUAGGUGUCUCAAACCAGUGUCCAAAGCCUAAGCAGAGACAUCUGUGCUCUCAGCUGUUUCCUACCUCUCUGUCUCACCCCUAUUUGGCUUUUCUCUUUAAUUCUGGGUUGGGUUUGGUGCUUUUUUGAUGCAUCCAAUAUAUUAAAGCAUCGAGCCACCCUCCCACACCCUGGAUAGAUGCUUGUCCCAUCCCCAGAUGCUGUGGGGCUGCUCAGUCCCUGUGCUCCAUUUCCUAUGACUCCAUGCUGACCAGGGACUCUGUGCAUUUAUCAUACUGCUGAGGAGCUCCAGGGCAAGACAGCUCCCAAAUAAAUCUCAUCACAAAUGACUUCAAGAUGGGCCAAGUUGCUGCUGUCAGCUGGGAAAGUUUGAGGGAGGUGACUCAAAGACACCAUGUUCUGGGCAGGAUUCACCCCAAAAACAGCUGAUGGAGAGAGAGGGCACAGGCUGUGACCUGGGGGAUGGCUGAAUUGCUUCUCCUCCAGAGCCACUGCUGCUUUUCUGAGCUCAAGCCCAAAUCUUGCUCCUGGAGCUGUGCUGGAGGAGCUUUGGCCAGAGCCAGCAUCCAUCCUACCAGCAGCUCCUCCAGCUUGGGGCGGGGUGAGGGGGUGCUGCAAGAGCUCUACGGGCAGCUUAGGGUCGUGAUUCUGGAAUCCAGCCUGCAUCCCGCCUGGCUCAUCCCUCUGGUUUUUGUUUGCCAUGAAAACACACCCAUGCUGCAUCCCCAUCCCUCCCUCUCCAUGGGCUGCUUCUGUUGCCUUUUCUCAUGAUUAUUUGGGGAGGGGGAAGGACAUGAGUUUGUAAACUGAUGUGGUGAAAACAGCUUUUUUUGCACAAGUCAUUGCACAAUAAGGGGGAAAUUUAGUAAAUUAGGUUUAACUUUAAAGGGAACUUAUCUUUUUUUUUUUUUGCCUUUUUGGUUUUUUUUUUGUUUGAUUUUUUUUUUUAACCUUAAAACUCACUAGCAGAGCUACUGAUUAAAAGAGGAACACAAGAGCUGGACUGAUUCCAAACCAGACUGCAUGGUUUACAGGUUAAAUUGCAUCAGAAAUUAGCAUGUUGAUUUUGACUGUACAUUGUUCCUGUUGUAACUCCUAUUAAACAAUGCAGCUAUCACUGUUUCACUAA